AUGGCGCCCUCCGCAUCCAAGGCGAAACGUCUCGCUGAAAAGGCCGCCAAGGCCAGCUCCAAGGGCGGGACCGGCACCAACACCCCUGCUGGCGACAGCAUCAACGGCGGGUCUACACCCAUGACCAGCUUGAGCGCGAAUGGGAGUCAGGAGAACUUGCAGAGUGUCAUUGAGGCGCACGAGGCGAUGAAGAAGUUGAACAUGGCGACUGAUAGGUCGGCGGCUGGAAACUUGGUCUCCGACGCCAAGGGACGUGACGUCAAAAUCGACCAGUACACUCUCUCCUUCCACGGUCGUCUAUUGAUUGAGGGUGCCGAAAUCUCGCUCAACUACGGGCAACGGUACGGUCUUUUGGGUGAGAACGGGUCCGGAAAGUCGACAUUCCUGCAGUCGCUCGCCGACCGUGACAUUGACAUUCCCGAGCACAUCGAUAUCUACCUCGUAUCCGGUGCCGUCGAGCCCUCAGACGUCAACGCCGUCGACUACAUUGUGGCCUCGGCCAAAGAAAAGGUGGCCCGCCUCGAAAAGAUGGCCGAGGAUAUGGCGACCGCGGACGACGUCGACGAGCUCGCCAUGGAGAUGAUCUACGAGGAGCUCGAGGAGAUGGACCCUUCUACAUUCGAGGCCAAGGCUGGCGCCCUGCUCUCCGGUCUCGGUUUCACCACCGCCAUGAUGGCCAAGCCGACCAAGGACAUGUCGGGUGGAUGGCGUAUGCGUGUCGCGCUUGCGCGUGCUCUGUUCGUCAAGCCGCAUUUGCUGCUUCUGGACGAGCCGACCAGUCAUUUGGACUUGGGGGCGGUAGUGUGGCUGGAGGCGUACCUAGCUACCUACAACCACAUUCUCAUCUUCACCUCCCACUCCGCCGACUUUAUGGACGAAGUCUGUACCAACAUUAUCGACUUGACCGUGCACAAGAAGCUCGUGUACUAUGGUGGUAACUACACAACCUACGUCCGUACCAAGGGCGAAAACGAGACCAACCAGAUGAAGGCGUACGCCAAGCAGCAGGAGGAAAUUGCCCACAUCAAGAAGUUCAUUUCGUCCGCCGGUACAUAUGCCAACUUGGUCAAGCAGGCCAAGUCUAAGCAAAAGAUCAUUGACAAGAUGGAGGCGGCCGGUCUCGUCCAGAAGGUCGAGGGUCCCAAGCAGCUCCGAUUCAACUUUGAGGACGUCAAGAAGCUCCCUCCUCCCAUUAUCGCGUUCAGCGACGUCGCGUUUGCAUACUCGGGCGAGAAGAAGGACUACCUCUACAAGGACCUCAGUGUCGGUAUCGACAUGGACUCCAGAAUCGCCAUUGUCGGAGACAACGGUACCGGAAAGUCUACCCUUCUCAACCUCAUCACCGGCGCCCUUAACCCCACCGAAGGCACCGUCUCGCGCCACACCCAGCUCAAGCUCGCCAAAUACUCGCAGCACUCGGCCGACCAGCUCCCAUACGACAAGUCGCCCGUCGAACAUAUCCAGAGUCUCUACCACGAUAAAUUCCCCGAAAAGGACUUGCAGUUCUGGCGAGGACAGGUCGGGCGGUUCGGUAUUACCGGCGCGCACCAGACCAACCCUAUCUCUCAGCUGUCGGAUGGGUUGAGGAACCGUGUCGUAUUCGCUAUCUUGGCCAUGGAGCACCCGAGUGUCAUCCUUCUCGAUGAGCCUACUAACCACUUGGACAUGAGCUCUAUCGAUGCCCUUGCUUCCGCCAUCAAGGAGUUCGAAGGAGGUGUCGUUAUCGUCUCGCACGACUUCCGUCUCAUCUCACAAGUCGCCGAGGAGCUGUGGGAGGUCAAGGACAAGAAGGUCAUGAACCUCACCAAGCAGGAUAUUACCAUUGUUGACUACAAGCGAUCGCUCGCCAAGCGGAGUCAAGCACAGAUCGAGAAGGCGCGUCUGAUCAGCAAGAACACCACGAAGGGUGUUGUGUAA